UCAUUUCACCCUGCACAAACAUAUACGAAUAUCUGGGCCUGUAUUCCGUCAAUUCCCUCUGACGGUCGAAGCAUGCCCUCGCCAUUCCUCAACCCCGGCGCGCGCUCGACAGCCAACGGGCUCUCCCUCCUCCAUCUCCGCCGAGACAACCUCCUCCCCGUCGUCCUCGACGCCUCCGAUGCAGACCCCAGCACUGAGAAAAUCGUAACAACACGCUUCGGCCCAUUCCCGCACAGCACUCUGCUUAACAAGACGUGGGGCUCACAAAUCGCCUCCUCAAAUCCCCCCUCCAACAAACGAGGCAAAAAGGCACUGAAACGAAAAGCCGACGAUCUUGACUCAACAGAAGCCGACGAUGUGCCGGCGUCUGCAAGCGGGUUUAUACAUAUAUUCCCACCCACCCCUGAAUCCUGGACUUCGUCGCUUCCGCAUCGAACCCAGGUCGUCUAUACGCCAGACUACAGCUACGUUCUGCACAGACUGCGUGCGCGACCGGGCUGCACGAUCAUCGAGGCGGGCGCCGGUAGCGGGUCGUUCACGCACGCCGCUGCUCGCGCCGUGUUCAAUGGAUACAGCUCAGCGUCGUCACCCAAAUCCAAGAAGAGGACGCGAUUCGGCAAAGUCUGCAGCUUCGAGUUCCACGCCCAACGCGCGCAAAAGAUCCGCGAAGAGCUCGCGCAGCACGGCCUAGAAGACGUCGUGCACACCACGCACCGUGACGUCUACAGCGACGGCUUUCUCCUCGGUGAUCCAAAAACCGGGAAAUCACCGCGCGCCAAUGCAGUGUUCCUGGAUCUGCCAGCGCCGUGGCUCGCGCUGAAGCACCUUGUACGGAAUCCGGCUGAUGGCGCGGCCGUCUCACCGCUUGACCCAUCCUCACCGGUCUUCAUCUGCACGUUCUCGCCGUGCAUGGAGCAAGUGCAGAAAACAAUCAGCACGCUGCGUCAGCUCGGCUGGUUGUCAAUCUCAAUGGUGGAAGUCAACCAGCGCCGCAUCGACGUGCGCAGAGAGUUGUAUGGGCUCGGCAACGAGGGUGUUCGGGGCGCGGUGCAAUUCCCCAAAUCCGUCGAUGAGGCUAUUGGGAAGCUGCGGAGUGAGGAGGACAAGAUGCGCGAGUAUCGGAAAUUGCAAAAGGAGGGGGUGAACUCAAACACAGACACAAACGGCAACGAAAGGGCUGUCAAAGAGGAUGAUAAUACAGACGAGGCUAAGAAUGAAGUCCCCGUGUAUCAGCGUGGCCGUCUGAUCCAUCGCACAGAGCCGGAUUUGAAAACGCAUACGUCGUACCUCGUCUUCGCGGUUCUACCGCGGCCUUGGUCAGAGGAGGAGGAGCGGAGGUGUCGAGAAAGAUGGCCCUCGCGAUCGGAGCGUAAUGGAGAGGCUGCUGUGAAGACUGAGUAGAGCACUGGAGUUGAAAUUGACUACCAGUUCAUAAUUGUAUAUUUAGGAACACAGGCAUAUGAUCAAUCAAUAUGACCAACAUCGAGAAUUACAU